AUGAACUUCACCAAGCUCAGCAGUCGACGAAAGUCAGACUCGAGCUCACUCAGCACUCAAUCAUCCACCUCGUCAAUCGAUCUGACCCUGGCGUCGACCACACUACCUCUUGCUCCUCGCGAAGACGACUACAACAUGUCUGAGGAGACACGUCAGAAGACCUUGUUGGCCAAGUGCAAGCGUGCCAACAAAGAGCCAUGGAAGAGUGCAAAGGCCCUGCCAUCUCGUGAUUGA